UGAGAGUGGCCACAGUUGUGAGUUUGCUGUUUGGCUUUUUGAUGUACACCUCAUUCUCAGCUGUGCUUGUAUCAAGACUGGCUGUUAUAAGGGAAGACUCACCAAUCUCGGAUCUCGAUGACCUACUCAGGACAAACAAAUACUCUCUGUGUGUCCGGAAAAAUUCCAACUCAUAUAGCCUAUUCAAGGAUCGUGAUGGUAGAUUGAAGCCGGAGUGGAUUGGUGUGCUGAACGCAGCGCCAUGUCACGUGGACGCGACCGAAUCGUCGCAGGUGAUCGACUCCCUCUGCAAAGACAACACUGUCAUCAUGGAGUCCAACAACAUCAUGAAUCAUCACCUGGCUUCCUUCACCAACUGCUCCAUCAUCGAGGUCAGCUCCAAGUACUCGGCGGCCAGCAUCUCGAUUCUCGUCAGGAAGGAUCUGCCUUAUGCUAAAAUCAUAUCUAAAUAUAUUCUGAAGAUCUACAACUCAGGCCUGAUCUCGCUGUUGAAAGUUCGGUGGGGCGUGAAGAAGCCAGAUGCAUCUCCUCAAGGGGAUCCCAGCGUCACCCUGGACCAUCUUCAAAAUAUUUUCGCCCUCUACUUCCUCACAAUCAUCACAUCGGUUCUGAUUCUGUUUCUAGAAAUUAUUGCUUUCAGAAUGGAGAGGAGAAAUGAGAGAAAUGCUAAAGCCAGAAGGAUCCUUAGAGUGAAGCAGCGACAACACCUUCCCAAAUUCAAUGAGUGAUACGAACAGACACGUAACAGUUAACCCUUCAUAGUGGUACUGUUCAAUCAAUGUCAGUUUGUAUGAAUAGCUGCU